AUGCACAAUGCUCUCCUCCUCCUCCUCUUCUCCCCCCUCGCAGCAAGCACCGCGCCCCCAGUCGUCAUCCACACCUGGGGCGGCCCCUUCACCGUCGCCGCCGACGCCGCACACGACGCCCUCACCAACGCCCGCUCCGUCCUGGACGCCGUCCAAAUCGGCGGCGCCGCCUGCGAAAGCAACCAAUGCGACGGCACAGUGGGCCACGGCGGCUCGCCCUCAGAGAACUGCGAGACCACCCUCGACGCCAUGAUCAUGGACGGCAACACCCUCAACGUCGGCGCCGUAGGGGCCCUGCGCCGGGUCAAGCACGCCAUAGCCGUCGCGAGACACGUCCUCGAAUACACAGGCCACACCAUGCUCGUCGGGGACUCUGCCACCCGCUUCGCCGCCCAGAACGGCUUCAAGGAGGAGGACCUGGCCACAGACCGGUCCCGCGACAUGUGCGAACAGUGGAAGCGAAACCAGUGCCAGCCCAACUCAUGGGUCGGCGUGGUCCCCGAUCCCAAGAGCUCGUGCGGCCCCUACACCCCCUUGGAGAAUGGCGCCUCAGAGACGGCGCCAGGCCAAGACGGAGGGGACAUCAAGGGACGAGGCCAUGAUACGAUUUCGCUCGUUGCUCUAGGCAAGGACGGCAGCAUGGCUGCGGGGACCACUACAAACGGCAAAGCAUACAAGAUCCCGGGCAGGGUCGGCGACGGUCCCAUCGCAGGCAGCGGCUCGUACGUCGACAGUCUGGUUGGGGGCUGCGGCGCCACCGGUGACGGGGAUCUCAUGAUGCGGUUUUUGCCGUGCUACCAGGCGGUGGAAAACAUGCGACGAGGCAUGUCGCCGGCCGCCGCUGCCGAGGACGCCGUGCGCCGGAUGGUCAAGAGGUUUCCUGACAUCCAGGCCGGCGUGGUUGUCUUGAACAACAAGGGAGAGCACGCUGCGGCGGCGAGCGGUUGGCAUUUUACCUAUUCGUUUCGCGGCCAAGGCAUGAACAAGACGCACGUCGUUCAAGUUGACCCAAUAAAUGAGAAUCGUAACAUGUCAAUAGAGUUAUGA